AUGGUGGUGAGAUUGCGCCUGGCCCGCUGGGGACGUAAGGACCUGCCUUUCUACCGCAUUGUGGCGGCGGAUGCUCGCGCCCCGCGCGAUGGCAAGCACCUCGAGAUCCUUGGCACGUUCAACCCAAUUGCCGCCAGCGACGGCGUGAAGGAACUCCGUGUGAACAGCCAGCGCGUACGCUACUGGAUGUCCGUUGGUGCACAGCCCUCUGACCGUGUGGCACACCUUCUGGGUCUAGCCAACGUGUUGCCUAUGCCUCCUACCCGCCAAUACACCAAGAAGAACGUGCCCAAGAAGGAUCGCGAGUAG